UGUUUAUGUUAGAGGUUGAUGCAAGGAAAAGGGCAGGACUAACCAAGUCAGUCUCGCGUUGGAUAAGAGUCCCUGUAUGUGCAUUUUUCUCUCUUUACCUGUCUUUGUGUUUGUGUAUUUACAUCUCUCUCCUGAGUCAGGCAGUUAAGGCCCUUCAUCUGGGGAACAUGUUCAGCCUGAUCAAACUACCGCGUGUCCGUACUGUCCACCAGGUGCCUAAAGCAUUCCAGGAGGACAGUAUCAUCUCUGGUUAUCGACACCCUCGUAGUUCAGCCACAGACUGUGUCCUUAGUCUCUUCCAGCUCACCAACGAAACUCUCAAUGUCUGGACACAUUUUCUACCAACCUGGUAUUUUUUAUGGAAGUUGAUGACUGUGUUGUUGAUGGAGAAUGUGUGGUAUGAUGAGUAUACAUGGCCUCUUCUGGUCUUUCUGUUUUCCUGCUGUGUGUACCCACUGGCCUCCAGCUGUGCCCAUACUUUCAGCACCAUGUCUACCCGUGCUCGCCAUAUCUGCUACUUCUUUGACUAUGGAGCGCUCAGUCUGUACAGCCUUGGUUCAGCGAUCAGCUUCUCUGCAUAUGUUAUACCUGAUGCAUGGGUCAACAGCAUUUUUCACACAUACUACAUUCCUGUAGCUGUUUUGAACUCCAUUCUCUCAACCAGCCUAGCCUGUUACUCAAGGCUUGGCUUACCAUUCCUUCACUAUAAGCAUGACAUCGAUGAAAGAUUCUCCCAGAGACAGAGCCCAAGGCUGAGUAAGAUUUUGCGAAUUCUUGCCUUCGCAUUCCCCUACCUGUUUGACAACAUUCCUCUCUUCUACAGGUUAUUUCUGUGUGAAGGUGAGGGUUGCACUGAUAAUGAGGCAAACUCCAUUCAUGUUCACCACACAUUGUUUGCAUUUCUUACCGGAUUCUUGUUUGCAACUCACCUACCUGAGAGACUGGCACCUGGACGCUUCGACUAUAUAGGUCACAGCCAUCAGCUGUUCCAUGUAUUUGGGAUCAUUGGGACACACUUUCAGAUGAAGGCCAUAGAAACUGACAUGAUGCUGAGACGAUCACAGUUGCUGGUCAGUGGUCCAGCCAUCACCUUUAACAACACAGUGGGGACUGCUCUGGUCUGUGUCUGCAUCAGUUUAGGAAUCAUAUGCAGUUAUAGUCUACCUCUGCUCUACGGCUUCCCACCCAGAAACACAGCCAACAAAGAUGCUUGCAAUGAUGGAAAGAAAUGCAAGGACUAAGAGCUCCUUGAGACACAGGUUGUCUGAGAAAGAUUGAUUGCAGUCUUGCACAAAUAUUUAAAUGACCUAAGAUAUUAUGGAAAUGUAUCUUGGACAUUCUUACUAGAUAUUACGUUAUAAAAAUCCCCAAGAGGGGUUUAUAAGUUUACUGAAGCUAUGCACACUGAGAUUGCAAAGAGUAACGAGUGAGUAAAUGUGUUACUACUUCUCAGGGGAGUGCAAGGUAAGGCACUGUUAAUCUCGGGACAUUAUAUGUUUGUGGGAGGUUUUGUUAAACACGGCUCCAUUUCAUUUAUGAUGUACAGACAAACACUACACAAGCUCACAGAACGGACCUCAGCAAAUCACUAACAACAUUAAAUUGUUGUGUGCUACAUUAGUUGUGUGCACAGAAGUCCACAGUGGGAAUCAGGAUUUUUUCUACAUAUUUCCACUCUGUAAAACAGCGUAAGAUUGUAUGCAGUAUUAAGGAAAAGGUUUCUGAGGGAGGUAUUAAAUAAUUUUUUCCAUUACAUCCGUUCAUACCUAUUGGUCAUGUAACCAUAACUUCAUAUAUUUAUUGUUUCCAGGACUCUUUAUAAUAAAAGUAUUUUUUAUUUCUUUUUUUAAAUUGUUAUUGAAACGUAAAUAUAAUAUGUUAAUGUAAUGAAAAGAGAAGUUCUGAUUGAUAGUUUCUUAGUGUAUAUUAUACUGCCCUUUACAGACUGGUGGUAGCAAGGCAUUUUUUUAAAAGUGACAAAAUCUACAGUAAAACUCUACAAGCAGCAAUGAAAAUGGUCCAAGCUGAAUAGAGGGAUGAAUGAGACCAUGCAGUGAUAAUGAUUUUGUAUUAUUAUUGUGAUUUUGUGUUGUUAUUGCAUGAUUCUUAAAAUGACUGAACAGGGCGAUUUUGCUGCAGUUAAGGUAUGUCACUGUGGUGGUGCCUUACAGGAAAAUCUAUACAUGUAGUUGGCAUUUCAACAAUUUUUCACAUCAAGGCUAAUCUGUAUGUCCAUAGGGAUGUGUCAUUGUUAUGAAUCAGACGAGGGUAGACGAGGAGUGAGGAUCUAAAUGCAGUUCUUUAAUGAACGAACAAAAGGGUGAACAGGGUAACUCAAAAUAAUAAAACAACACCGGGACAAACAAAACAUCCACGAGGGGAAAACAAAACACAAACAUGAAAAACAUUCACAGAGAGCAUGGGCAGGAGAAACAUCGAGGACAACCAUAACAUUCAACGACCGACAACGAAUGAACAAACAACAGUGCUUAAAUACACAGGGAUGACUGAUUAAAUUACACACAGGUGAGAACAAUAACACUGGUAGUGAUGAGGGAAGGGGAUUAUGGGAAGUGUAGUUCUGGACAGGUGACAGGGGAGAAACACAGAGCAGACAACAGGGGAUCGUGACAGUCAUGCUAGUUUGUUCAGCAGUUCUUGUGAUUUUUAAGCAGCAUAUUAAAGCCACAAAAAAUAAAUAACAGUCAUUGUGGGUCAAAAAAUCAAAUCUGUUCUUCAUGAGAUGGCCAUGUGUGUGUGAAAUCUAAAAUGUUUAGCUCAAAGAGGUCCGCUGGACUACUUUCAAAUUGUACAUGCCAGUACGCUUGCUAAGCAACCACAGUGCUAAAUGGUCCCAUACUUAAGAUUAAAGGGAUAGUUCACCCAAAAAUUAA